GUCAGAAAGGGAGAGCAGGUGUCCGCAGGUUAUCCGGGGAGGUGGCAAGGGGCAUCGCGGAUCAGCCGUCUAUUUACAGUGCAGUUCACUCACUGCUUACGCUCGAUCACCGCCCUCCCCCUACCGUGCUGCGCAGGAGGAUGCAACGAUCUCAGUAACUGGGGCCUAAAAGGACCUCUUUCGCUCUCGUUCGCUCGCUGGCGGAUGCAGCACGGCGAGGAUUUCCUCGGCCGACCAACUUGCAAGGGCAACGCAGGUUGUCGGUUUGGAAGUGAAACCAUGGAAACUCAGGAGAUUUGCAGACUGGAUGUGGCUGCCAGAAGUUUGUUGGUGAGUGGGUCCUGCACCAACUCUGAGCCGGUCCUGCAGCCGAUGGACAGUACUGCCAACUUAAUUGGGAAUGGGUGCAACCUGCACCAGGCUUGCUACACUGGAAACAACAGGCUGCUGUCUGCCGUGCCCACCUGCGUCACGCUGGAAACGAGAGGGGAGAUACCUGGCAGCGAAGAGCUGCGAAUGGACCCGGCUGGGGGAGAGCAGCACCUGGUUCUGGAUAAGAGCAAGGAAAAGGCUCUAGGGAAGGAGGUGAUGUUGCUGAUGCAAGCAUUGAACACGCUUAGCACUCCGGAGGAGAAACUAGCAGCCUUGUGCAAGAAGUAUGCAGACUUGUUGGAAGAGAACAGAAGUGUCCAGAAGCAAAUAAAACUACUUCAGAAGAAUCAGACGCAGGUGGCGAAGGAGAAGGUUCACUUGCAGAGUGAACACAGCAAGGCUAUUUUGGCACGAAGUAAACUGGAGAGUCUUUGUCGCGAACUUCAGCGCCACAACAAGACAUUAAAGGAGGAGAACCUGCAGCGAGCUCGCGAAGAGGAAGAGCGGCGCAAGGAAGUGACGGCACAUUUUCAGAUGACCCUCAAUGAAAUUCAGGCCCAGAUGGAGCAGCAUAACCUGCACAACACAAAGCUGCGACAAGAGAACAUUGAACUUGCUGAGCAGCUGAAGAAGCUCAUCGAACAGUACGAGCUGCGCGAAGAGCACAUCGACAAGGUGUUCAAGCACAAGGAAUUACAACAACAACUGGUUGACGCCAAACUACAGCGAACUACAGAGAUUAUGAAAGAGGUGGAUGAGGAACAUCACAGGGAGUUGGAGAUUCUGCUAAAAGAAGCCACUGAAUUGAGGCACACAUGUGAAUUCAUGAAGCGACAGGAGGGACAUCUGAAGCAACAGCUUUCACUCUAUAUGGAUAAGUUUGAAGAAUUUCAGACGACACUGGCAAAGAGCAAUGAGGUCUUCACGACAUUCAGGCAGGAAAUGGAAAAGAUGACCAAGAAAAUCAAGAAACUGGAAAAAGAAACCACAGUGUGGCGCACUAAAUGGGAGAACAAUAACAAAGCACUCUUACAGAUGGCCGAGGAGAAAACCCUUCGAGACAAGGAAUAUAAAGGUCUUCAAGUGAAACUGGAGCGGCUGGAAAAGCUUUGCAGAGCUUUGCAAACGGAGAGAAAUGAUCUGAAUAAAAGAGUGGAGGUUCUUCAGUGUCAGCUUUCAGGAAACGAUGGGACCUUGAAUCUGACAGAAGAGGAAUACCAGGCUUGCAACUCACCAGAUUCCUCAGAAAUGGCUGAAGUGAACACAAUAAUUCAGGAAGGAGAAGGAAACCAGUCUUGUGUUCCAGCUAUUUUAGAUCAAAAGUGUUCAACUGGAGAUCUAGAAAAUGCUGUGAUAGCUUCAGGCAUUGAUUCUGUUGACUAAAGUUAUCUGCUUUAAAAAGAAAUUAUGUGGAGUUAUAUAUUUUUGUGUAAUUAUUGUUUGACUUGUUCUUGGUACUUAUUGGCUUUGUGGUGAGAAUUUCUUACACAUUUUUCUACCAUAUCUGUAUUUUCUUAGGGGAUAAAAGGAAUUUAUGUGGUUCUGGUAGCUGUAUGGUGGGUCAAGUUAGUCUCCUUUAUAAAUAUUCAUAAUGCUUCAUUUUUUAAUGUUUUUUUGGCAUUGAUAUCCACCUGGAUACUUUCAAUACUUGUUCUGAGAUGUGAACAUUUUCAUGUAAUUUAACUAACAUAUGAGUUUUUUUUAAUGCAAAGUGAUAUUCCAACAGUGUUAACUUCAAUCGGGUUUAUUUGGGAUGAGCUUCCACAGUUUAGAUUGUUUCCUGAUGCUAUAUCUUUCAACUCCAGACCUCCGAUAAAAAGCAACGCUGUUACUUGGUUGAAACUCCGAGAGGAUGUAGGACUAGUUAAAGCAUGAAAGAAGUAAGAGUUGGGCAUAGGUAUAAUGGAUCACUUCAGAUGGGCAUAAAUUGAUAGGAAACAGGUUGAGAGUUUGAAAUAUUCUGCAGAGUUGCAGGUUUUUCCAUAUCUUUAGUUCAUUGAGCCUUUUGCAGAUUUGUACCACUUGUUGAAUUCCACUGUCCAAUAUCCAUUAAUUGUCCUCCUUAAUUACACCCUGAAUCUGUGAGGAACUGGAGUGCCAUUCAUUCUACUUUUCUCUUUUCUGCAGUAAAGUAGUACAAAGCUUACAGGGAUUUUGACUUGAUUAUUAGUGUUGGGAUCAAGUUAUUCGUGCAGUUUUUGUUAAUUUGAGAGAAGACUGACCCUGAUUUGCAUUUUAGCAACUUUUAAAAUUUGAUCUUUGUAACCUAUUUCAUCAAGCCAUUUCUAUUUUUGAGAAUAAUGGGGAAAACUUGCCUCUAGAAUAUUUAAUGUAGCCAUGGCACCUCAGGACAGGAUUUGAACCUAGACCAAAGCUAAGGGUCAUCUUGUUUCAAGUUGUGAGCAUAGGUUUUGGCAUUUUUCAAUGAUGUUGAUGCUGGACACAGGUAUAUGGUGCACAGGAGUCAUGGGUUAGACUAUCCCCCUCAUUUGGAUCCAAAUGCCUGUUUUAGCUUCCCGAGGGUAUCAAAAGUAAAUUGUUAUCCCAGUUCUAGUGUGAGUUUGGUAUGAAAUGUUGACGUCUCUGGCAUAGUGGUAGAACAGAAUUUGAAUAUAAAUCUUUUAGAUACAAACUCAGGAUUGUCGGCAGGUUGAUAAGGUGGCUGGACUGAGCCUCAGUCUGGAAAGGCAAAUAACUGGUCUUUUAGCUUUUAAUAUACAUAAUUAUUUAUAAUCUGUCCUCUGUUAUCUGAUCUAAGUAAUCAUAAGCUGCCAAGGAUAUAAUUUUCAUUCAAGGAAUGAGCAGCUAUUAUGUAUUGUACUGCUCUCCUUUUCUGAAUUCUCUUUCUCUGUCUUGCUGUUCAUUGAUUUAUCUGACUCGUAUUUGGUUUAGUAGUCCAUAACAUGGGACAUGGAUUUCUGUUCUUGCACUGUGAAAGAUCAGAUGGCUUCGGGCAACCAGUAUUUCUGCUCACGCAAUGUGCAUUUAAUUUGGAUGAGGAAUGAAAGACUGAAGGGUACGUUUUUCCAAAUUGGAUGUAUUUCUGGACAUAGUUUAAGAAUAUUUUUAUUUGCCCAUGCUGUUUCAUGUUUAUAGGUCUGAUCAACCUUGCUUCGUUAGAGGUUUUUCCUUCCUUACUUGAGCUUUGCUUAUGAUCUAAUGCAUCACUGCAGAAUCUGAAGCUCGUCUCUUUCUCUUCUGUCAAAUUGGACUCUCCAGCAGCUGUAGUUCUUGUCUACCCGUGAAAUGUAUAUGAGCCUAUUUUAAUCAACACUAUCACAUCAUUAUAAAGAUCAUACAAAUCACAGAUGUUUUGGAAAUGGAGGCAGUGAAGAAUUUCUAACUAGGGAAGAAGUUUAUUCACUAAGGAGCCAACACAAUUUUUAGUAGAUAUAGCACAGGAAGUUUCUUGUGAGUUGCUGUUGAUUCAACACUUCAAGUGAGUUGAUAUUUGGUGCAUCUUUCAUGUGAUGCUUUCUGGAAGUCCUUUUCCUUUUAGUAGAUCUCUCUUGGCUUUGGUGCUCAAUGAAAUGCGGUCACAAGUGACCGUGACUUUACAAGGCCUAUUAUUCCAUUUGGGAGGUAACUUGCGUAUUGUGUGCUUAAUGCUUACUUGUUUCCUUUGUAGUGUGACCCUCAUUUUAUGUAAUCUGAAAUAUUUCACUUGAUUCUUGGGACAUUUGCACUCUUUUUUCCCUCAUCCGACACCACAUCCUGAAGGAUGUUAUGAACCUACAGCUAUGUUGCGAAAGCUCUUCUUCAAAUAGAGCUUUACUUUAACCUCCAUACUAUUUGAAUUUAAACUGCAUUUGUGACCAGUAGAUCCAGAAAGGACUGUGUCCAGAUACCAAGGCCCCAAAUUAAUAACAAUCUUUAUAGCCAUCACUUUAAAUUGAGGCACAACCAUUUGUACUCAGUUGCUGGAACACAGCAUGUGUUGCUUGGUGGCUGUGGAUAGUGCAAGUGAAUCAAGGUGAUUCCUGCAAUUAAUCUAGUGUUGCACAUAAAGAUGUUAUAUUUUGGAGCAAACUGAGCGGUACUUGCAGCCUGCAUCCACACUUGAGCACCAAGCAAUAUAAGAUCUGGAUCACCUUUACAUACAGGAUAUUGUGGGAUCUUGCACAUGCAGGUGGCUAAAGAGCUUGGAUUGCAUUGGGUGAUGGACUGCAGGGGAAUUAAGCCAUUGCUAACCCUUAUCCGGGUCAUUCUUACCUGUACCUUGUACCGUACGACCAUUUCCUGUAUUCUAGCACCAUAACACCCUGAUGUCAGAUUGGAAGGUCCCAGUGUAUGGCCAACAAAAGUGUAGUAUAUCCAUUUCAAAUUGUCGAAACCAGUGAAACUUACCUGGACUUCCACUGGUUGUGAUGUAAUCUCAAUCAGAUAAAUGUUACUUGCAAGCCCAUAUUAAAUUAGAUUUUAUUAAAUCUAGUUCAUAAACAAGAUCCCUUGUUUGAAUGAAAUUAGCGCCUUAAUUUAACUUUUCCGCACUAUACAAUUCAAAAAGUGACCCAUUUAUAUCAGGGAUCAUUUUUAUAUAGAGAUUAAUCAACCUAAUAUAUUUUAUUGAAAGUACAAAUUUGUGCAAUCUAUUCCCUCAGAUGGAUAGUUUCACCUCAUUUUCUAAUCAAUGCAUAAUAUUUGCACUUGUCCAGCAAAAUUACUGCCUACUUUAUAUAAAGUGAAAUUGUACAGGGGUGAAGCAGCUACUCACUACGUGAAUGAUACCAAUUCACAAGGUCGGUGAUGCAGUUCCUCAGCCAUUAAAGUGCUGGUUAAGAGAAUAUUGUAAGACUACAUUGUGCUGCUGUGCCAUUGAGCAUUGACUACAUACUCAUUGGUGACAUGUGUUUUUAUCUAGCAAAAUUGUCAUUCAUCUCAGCUUCAAGGAGGCAAUAUUGCCUAUUAGGUUAGGGAACACGUAAAAUCCUCUUCCUGUGAUUAACAUUUCCUUUUUUUUUCCAAUCAAUUUUAAAGUAUAUACUUAAUACAGUAUGGGACAAUAAAAUCCCGCUAGUCAACAUUAUCAAUCAAUCAAGAUGCGUGUGAUUUCCCUGAGUAAUACUUGAGUGAUUCCAAAUAUGCUUUUGUUGUGUCAGAAGCUACAUUUCAACUGAUCCCAAGACUUUGUGUCAUUCCUUUUGUCUAUGGCUGAAGUUUUGUUAGAAUUUAAACUGCCUUGUUAAAGAUUAUUUGAACAGUUACUUGCUGCCAUCUUUAUGCUUAUUUACAUAAUCAGUGUUUUGGUCUGAAGUGUGCUAAAUAAUUUUAUAUUUAGAGCAUGUUUAAAGUUUAGAUUUGAAAUAUCUUGCGACAACCACCCAAUCUAUGGAGAGUCCCAAUACAUUAACAAUGCACAAACAGACUAUAUCUCAAAGCAGUGUUUUUUUAAUUUAAAUUGAUUUUGCCAAGUCAUAGCGGAUGUCUUGUUUACCAUGUAGUCACAACUUUGAAGAGUAGGGAAGGGAGGCUAAAAUGUGGUAUCUGUACAUCUACAUUUCCUUCCUCUAAGGGUGAGAUGUAAUAAGUGGCUUUGUUUUCAUAAAGGUGAUGGGCAUGACUUGCUGCAGUUUAGUAAAUAUGGUGAUGUUGAAAAUGGCAAAUCUGUUCCCCUACACUCCUUUGUGGAUUUUUUCCAUUGAGUUGAUGAGGUGGGGUGGGGCAAUACAAUUAUUCCGAUUUGCCCCUGGGCUAAAAGAUCAGGGGAGGACCUGGGUGAGAGAUGGUGAAAAGGAAUAAGGUUUUUCAUCCCAUGUAGAAUUUGGCAACAUAUAUACGUGGAUAUUGAGGUAAAGUAGAAAGUUAUCCUCUCCAUGAUCUUGCACAUGCACAAUAAUCACGGGGGCAAUGUGUUACAAGAGUAGAUUUAUCUUCAUACAACUGUCUUAAAUUGAGGCAAACAGAUGGGGAAAAUGGCAGAGAUGUGUAUUAAUCCGCAGACAGGUCCACCAUCGAUUUCCCCCUACAACUGGUGGACCAGCAUCUCCUUUAAUCUGUACAAAAUUACAAGAGUACACUUCCCCCCCCCCCUCCCCCCCGGAUGUGCACCUGCAAAUGUGAUGCAUAGGCCAGGUAAGGUGGCGGAUCAGGACUUCCAUGGCCAAUCAGCGGUCGAAUUUGCCCCCUGGGCACUGGAUCUCUGGCCCAGCCGGAGGAUCCGUUUCCUUGGCCAUGUGGGUUGGUAUCUCGGCGGAUCACUCAACCCUUAUGAGGUAGUGACCCCUAUUGGUCUGGUAAAAUGGAUAAUUCAGACAGGCACCAGAACCAAGGGUGCUGAAAUAAAAUCUCUGAUGGACCUGUAUAUACCCGCUUUGUAGAGUUUUCCUUCCAUAUUCACACUUGAGCAAGUGAGAAACUGGUAUAUUCUGCUUUUCACAUGUUUACUUGGCACAUGACUGGCUUAACUAAGCUGGUUCUAAACUGUUCAAUACAUCUUAUAAAAAUCAUACUGACCUAGAGGUCAUAUGCUGCAGCCUAUGAAGGUGAGGGGGAAUUAAGACACAAAUUUCAGUACAGAAAAAAAAAAAAAAAAAUUCUCUGGCCCUCACACAUGAACAGGCAAAUUAGUAAAAUUGGCACCCCAUUUGAAAUGCUUUAUAUAUUGGUCUUUACCUAAAUGUGUGGAACCAAAAAUUUAAUCCCUAACCCCAAUUUACAGAUGCUGUCCUGUAAUUUAUUGUAAUUAAGAUUCAGACAACUUGAGUCUCCACUAGGAAUGUUAUAUUUUGCAUCUGUUGGUGCAAAAUAUAAAAGGAAUAUUUGGUACAUAGCACAUCUUCCUAACACUGCCUGUUUGGAAUCGGCUCACUGUCUGUUGAUUAUUGUUUUGCUGAGGCAAGUAAGUAAUAAUGGUGCACUUAAAUGAAAUGCUGGAAAUACUAAAUAGGUUAGGCUACAUCUAUGGGAAGGCAGAGUGGAGAAAUGGACAAUGUUUCUCUUCCCACAGGUGCGGCUUGACUUGCUGAUUUUGUUUUUUUAUUUUAGUUCCAGCAUUUGCAGUUUUUGAUUUUCAUGCCUUUACAUUUAGCUUGCAUUGCUGUGAUUGAAACCUCAGGUGAUGAGAACAAAAAAAAACUACCUCUGAAGAUUGUAGCAGAGAAUUACUGUGAAACAAUGUGAGGCAGAAAUAGUCAAUGCUUAAAUCUGUUUUUAUUCAGGUUUUGGGCAAGUCUUUGAGUGGGUGAACAGCAUGCUCCUUUCAAAUUUUCACACAUUUUGUAGAAUUCCUGAAAUGUGAAUCUAAAAUGUUAUUGCCUAAGGAGAUGUAAAGAGCAAAAUCAACAAAUACAACUAUGGAUAAUAA